CACAUUAUAUAUUUAAUUCUUGUGCAAAACGAGAGUGUAUUCAUGGUCAUUUUCGAUCUCCAGUACGGACGAGGGCAGCAAAAGACUAAAUUUACCCCGCCAACUGUCAAACACGAGGGACACGAAGAAAGAAACCGGGGACGCGCACUCGGGGACGCGCUUUGACACUAAAUCCGCUACAUUACUGAACCUUUACCAUGCCACGGACCAGAUGACUGUUUUGGUCCCGUUAUACGCUUUAAAACCUGCUGAUCAAGGAAUAUCGUCUCGUUUUUAUCCACCAAAACGGACUAUACUCUUUCGUGGAAUUGAUCUGUUUUUAAGGACGUUUUCUUAUGUUCUUUUUGUUUAGGAAAAGCCCCGCGGGGUUGUCGGGCCAGUUGUAGGACGCCAGGAGUUGGGAGAACAGCGAGCUUUAAGCGUUACUUUGCAUUAAAAUAAAAGUCGAAGUGGGAGAUUUUCUAUUGUUUUUUGGCAUAUCUAGGUUAACCUCAGAUGUUUAGGGGUUAACAAUGAGUAUUUUUUGCGGAUUGUGCUUUCUACGAAGUGGUCCGAGACUUGUUAAAGGCUAAGCUAGUUUUUAUUUUGUUUAGUCGCACAACGGGUGAGCGCAAACCAUUUUAGUGACUGACUAGUUUUUAACCAAUUUGACUGCUUUUGUUACCUCAGUGGUUGGAUGACUCAUUAUUCAGGAUGUCAUUCUUUAAUUUCCGUAAAAUAUUUAAAUUGGGGGCUGACAAAAAGAAGAAACAGUAUGAGAACGUGCGCAGGGAUGAGAACCCGGAGGAGACCUGGGAGAUCAUUGGAGAAUUGGGAGAUGGAGCCUUUGGGAAAGUCUUCAAGGCUCAAAAUAAGCAGACUGGCAUUCUGGCUGCAGCCAAAGUCAUUGACACCAAAAGCGAGGAAGAGCUGGAGGACUACAUGGUGGAAAUUGACAUCCUGGCAUCCUGUGACCACGACAACAUUGUCAAACUGCUGGACGCUUUCUACUACGAGAGCAAACUCUGGAUUCUCAUCGAGUUCUGCGCAGGAGGGGCUGUCGAUGCUGUCAUGCUAGAGCUGGAGAGACCCCUCACCGAGCCCCAGAUCCGAGUAGUUUGUAAACAGACACUGGAGGCACUGGUUUACCUCCACGAAAACAAGAUCAUUCACAGAGACCUGAAGGCUGGGAACAUCCUCUUCACCAUGGACGGGCAGGUCAAACUGGCUGACUUUGGAGUGUCUGCCAAAAACACCAAAACACUGCAGAGAAGAGAUUCCUUCAUAGGAACGCCUUACUGGAUGGCUCCAGAGGUGGUGAUGUGUGAGACUUCUAAGGACCGUCCAUAUGACUAUAAGGCAGAUAUCUGGUCUCUGGGCGUGACCCUGAUUGAACUGGCCCAGGUCGAGCCCCCAAACCAUGAGAUGAAUCCCAUGAGAGUUCUGUUGAAGAUUGCCAAAGCAGACCCUCCUACCCUCAUGCAGCCCUCCAGAUGGUCCCCAGAGUUCAGUGAUUUUCUGCGGCGAUGUCUUGACAAGAAUGUGGACAACAGGUGGAACGCUGCACAGCUUUUACAGCAUUCGUUUGUGUCGAGUGUGCUGGAUAAUAAGCCACUUCGGGAGCUGAUCGCUGAAGCCAAGGCCGAGGUCACUGAGGAGAUCGAAGAGCACAAAGAGGAGGAAGAGGAGGAGGAGCCGGAGCCACGGCUCGGCCACAAACGCGCUCCAUCGGAUGUCAGUGUUGCCAGUUCAGAGGAUGAGAAGAUCCCUCUAUCUCCCACCAGUUUGGAGUCUGUCCCGGAGAACAUGGAGCCUCUUAGCCCCAUCACCCCCAUCACUCCCCUCACUCCUGUCACCCCUCUUACCCCCCUACCUACUCAUGCUGCCCUAUCUGUGGCCAACCAUGUGGACGAGCCUGGAUCCCCUGUGGCAGUGGAGCAGAAGGAAGAAGUUACAGGAGCUCCAAUGGAAGAGGUAGAGGAAGCAAUGGAAGUAACACCUACAGAAGCAGAGGAGGACAUUGCAAAGACAGAACCUGACGCUCCUGCAAAAGAAAUGGAAGAAUUGGAGUUAACUGUAGAUGAUGAGAAGGAGGUGGACACUGCGGAGGCUCUAGAGACCACAACGGACAGUUCAGAGGCAAUUCAAACGCCACAGGAAGACAAGAUGGAAGCCAUGCAAGAGCCAAUAUCACCAACAGAGGUAGAAGAAGAAGAAGAGGAGGAGCGGUACAAACAUCUGAAAGUUACCGUCACGCUGCCAGAACAAGUUGCUUCAAACAAAGAGAAUGGAGAGAAGGCGGCUGAGAAGGAGGAGGCUAAAAAUGAAAAGGAGUCCACAGCGGAUAAUAGCAGUGUUGACCUUAACCUGUCCAUUUCAAGCUUUCUGUCCAAAACUAAAGACCCAGCGUCAGUUUCUAUACAGGAGACAAGACGUCAGAGGAAGACACUAAAGAAAACUCGUAAGUUCAUGGUGGAUGGAGUUGAAGUUAGCGUCACCACCUCAAAGAUCGUCACAGACAACGACACAAAGAACGAGGAGAUGAGAUUCCUUAGGCGUCAGGAGCUGAGGGAGCUGCGUCUGCUGCAGAAAGAGGAGCAAAGAGCCCAACAGCAGCUCAGCAACAAACUCCAGCAACAAAAGGAGCAGAUCUACAGACGAUUUGAGCAAGAAACAACAGGUAAGAAGCGUCAGUACGACCAGGAGGUGGAGAACCUGGAGAGGCAGCAGAAGCAAACGAUUGAGAGACUGGAGCAGGAGCACACUACACGACUGAGGGACGAAGCCAAACGCAUCAAAGCCGAGCAGGACAAAGAGCUGUCCAAGUAUCAGAGCAUGCUCAAGAACCGCAAGAAGGAGGAGCAAGAGUUUCUCCAGAAGCAGCAGCAGGAUCUGGACAGUGCUCUGAAGAAGAUCAUUCAACAGCACAAACAUGAGCUGGCUACAAUCGAGAGGGACUGUCUUAACCACAAACAGCAACUACUCCGAGCCAGAGAAGCUGCCAUGUGGGAGCUGGAAGAGCGCCACCUGCAGGAGAAGCACCAGUUGUUCAAACAGCAGCUCAAAGACCAGUACUUCAUGCAGAGACACCAACUGCUCAAGAGACAUGAGAAGGAGAUGGAGCAGAUGCAGCGUUAUAACCAGCGUCUGAUCGAGGAGUUGAAGAACAAACAGACCCAGGAGAGAACCCGCCUCCCAAAGAUCCAACGCAGUGAGGCCAAGACACGCAUGGCCAUGUUCAAGAAGAGCCUACGUAUCACUGCAGCCACCAUCACCGCUGAGCAAGAGAGGGAGCGUGUCAAACAGUUUGCAGCUCAGGAGGAGAAGCGUCAGAAGAACGAGCGUCUGCAGCAACAGCAGAAACAUGAGAACCAGAUGAGAGACCUGCAGCUCCAGUGUGACGCCAACGUCAGGGAGCUACAGCAGCUACAGAAUGAGAAGUGCCACCUGCUGAUCGAACAUGAGACACAAAAGCUGAAGGAGUUAGACGAAGAGCACAGUCUAGAGCUGAAGGAGUGGAGAGAGAAGCUACGGCCCAGGAAGAAGGCCCUGGAGGAGGAGUUUGCUCGGAAGUUGCAGGAGCAGGAAGUGUUUUUCAAAAUGAGCGGAGAGUCCGAGUGCCUUAACCCCUCCACACAGAGCCGCAUCUCCAAAUUCUACCCCAUCCCCAGUGUCCACUCCUCUGGGUCAUAACUGAAACCUCAAUAAUAUUACAUAUGUAUACCCUCAAAUACAAAAACACUCAUGGUUUGGACUGUAAAACGGUGCCUGUAUUGCCUUAAUCUAUGGACUAAUGAUACAGUAGUGAAGUAAGUAAAGGUAUCCAGCUCAUUUUUACUUGUAUUCAAUUUUGUAAUAUAAUUUUUAGAGCAAUGCCACUAAAAUGAAGAUCGUCUUUUCUUAUCUUUAUACAUUUUGAAUUUAAAACAAAAAUCCAGUGCCUGAUCUGACACAGUUUUAAAAUAUCUAAUUUGCUGCUUAAUUGCUUUCAUUCAGAAUUCUGGAAAUAACAGAAAAAAGACUACCAUUGAUUUGUAGUUGAAUAUUUAAUAGAAUGUAAACUUUUUAUUGAAGGAAUGCUGACAUUUAUAUGGAUAAUAGUAGUGUAUACGGUGCUAGAUUUUAGGUUUAAAAAAAAAGUUAAUUUGUGACUUGUGCAACUUAUAUCUUCAGGGCUUAUUGAGUCAGCAUUUUUAAAUAGAUUAGAACAACUCCAAUUUCAAAAAGACCAUUGUUACAAGAUAGCAGAUUGUGAAAAUGAGAUACAUUUUAAAGCAAACCUUAGUAUCAUUUCUCUAACUUGGGACAAGGAAAGGCAACAUAAUGCUGAGAACUAUGUUACAAAAAUAGGCUUAGAAAUGUAGAAAAAAUAUAUGGUUUUGUAUGCACUAGUAGCCAUCCCCUCAUCCUUUCUGUUUGAAUGAACUUCUGUCAUCUCAGAUGAUAGCAUUUAGUACUCAGUUUUAUAGUUUAGGGAAAAAAGUGUAGGCUGUAACAUAUUAUUAAAUUUAAAUAUUAUUUGAUUCAAAAGAAACUUAUUCAUCUAAUCUCACUUAUACAACCUGCCAUUGUGUUUAUAUUUUGCAGUGUCACUUUUUUUUUUAUUGGAGUUGUUGUUCUCAUCACUUGCUGUCUGAAGUUAAUGAAGUGUUUACAUUAAGAGAUCUAGAAGGAUCUGUUAAUUGGACACAAAGGAAAUCACUGAGAGGCCAAAACAAAUUCUGGCAAAGCAUUUGAACAAUAGUUAUAUAUAAAUGUGUUCUCUUUGUAUUAAAUCUUCUUAUGAAGAAGAAGACAGGAUUAAAUGUUCCAAAUUAUUUACAGAAAAAUGACUGCAGUGAAUAUACAGUCUUUUUUUAAGAUGCCUUCUCAGUUUUGUAAUGUUCAUAAACAAGCUAUGCCUGUGUGGCUUUGUCAGCUAUUUGUAUUGUUUUAAUUUUAACAUGUUUUAGAUAAGAGCCUCAAAACUGGCUUUUUGGAUUACUGUGCUCUGUGGAUAGACCUGCCAAAAAAACCUUUGUUUACUGAGAUAAUGAAGCACAACCUACAAUACUCAUUAACUGUAUUGACAGAAGAAUUACCAUGACAUUUUAUUAAAGUAUUUUUAUUUGGGUUCAUGAAAUGAUGUAAACUCACAUGGAAAACCAUGGACCUGACUGGUUUAGGCCAUGUUCACAUGUCUUAUUCCCUUCCUCUGUUUCACAUUUGUUUUGUACAAAAGUCUGUUACAUGAAGCAGUGCUGUGCACAAGUGAUACUUUUAGUGGUGUUUAAAUGAAGUGAUUCACUCCAGCGCCUGUGCUGUAGCUUAUUUUACUGUCAGUUUUAGCAGCUCCUGAUCAUUUAUUGUAAUGCUGAUUGAGUAAAAUGCACAAAAUUAAUUUGAAAUUGUUAUUAAAAUGUAAAAUUUUAGAACAAUUGUAUUAGUUAGGUGAUUUUCUCAUUUGGAUGUAAAUAAACAAUUUGUUCUAUUCG